CUCUGCCACGCUCUCCCAUCCACUGCUCUGGCCACCUUCUCCUCGGGAAACAGGAGCACCGUCCGAUCCCACACAAAGAUGUCUUGCUACGACCUGUGCCCACCGAAAACCGGCGUCGCCGUCCCCCAGCCCAUCGCCGAGAGCUGCAACGAGCUGUGCGCCCGGCAGUGCCCCGACUCGUCGGCCUUCAUCCAGCCGCCCCCCGUCGUGGUCACCUUCCCCGGCCCCAUCCUCAGCUCCUUCCCCCAGCAAGCCGUGGUGGGCUCCUCCGGAGCACCCGCCUUUGGGGGCUCCCUGGGGCUGGGGGGCCUCUACGGCGCUGGGGCCACGCUGGGCUCGGGGGGCCUCUGCACCUUUGGCAGAGCCUACGCUUCUCCCGCCUGCAGCCCUUGCGCGCUGCCCCGCUACAGCAAGAAGCUCUGGGACACCUGUGGGCCCUGCUAGACCCAGCCCAGACCCACAGGCCACUGGACCCCAGCCCAAACGCCAACACCACCCCCCGUGCAGGGCUGAGCCGGCGGGCACGAGGCACUCAGCGCUGCUGAGCAGCCCCAGCCCCAGCCAGGGCCUGGGCAGCUGCCAGUGCCGCACACCCUCGCCCCUUCCCUGCCCUCUUCUCCUGCCCUCUGCUCUCCUCCCCUCCCUUCUCCUCCCGGCUCUCGCACGGGGCACCACCUCCACCCGAAAUGCUCUGCCGGGCUGCACGGCCAAGCCCUAGGGGAUCUGCAGUGCCGCACCAAGGGGGCAUCCGGAGCGACAAGCCAUGCUGUAGGAAAGAUCCCUCUGCCUCCCCCAGCACAUGGCAACCAGACGAUCUGGCUCUUGCCCACCGUGUCUCUGAGAGUCUCUCCUGCCCCUCUUGGGAACAAUAAAACUUUCCUGCAUCCAA